GUACAACAUGUAAACGUUGUGGACGAGAAUGCUCAACUUCUCAAAAACUUCAUGAGCAUCUUAAGCAAAAAAAUCCUUGCAAAGCAUUACAAGAUCAGAAAAAAAUAGCUAAUAGGGUAGAUGAUUCUAAAGGGAUUUCUCUAAUCUCAACCCCUGCUUCUUUUACUCAAGAUAUAAAAAGAAAACUAAGCACUUUUGAAAACUUACAACAGAAAACACGCUGUAGACCAGAGGACUUUGAUAGAAAGCGUUUUUACUUAGAGAUGGAAAAAGAGGGUAAUAAACCUUAUACAGGUAUAAUUAAAUCAAAAUGGAGUAUGUUUCUAAAUUCAGUAUUCGAAUAUUUACAAAAGGAUUUUGAAAGAAAAAGAGAAGGUUUUAUAGAUAAAAAAGGAAUCAUAGCUGAAAUUCGUAAAGAAAUAUUUCCAGAAAGUGAAAUAAUGCUUAUACUUAAACUCCAACUCCUAAGGUUAAUGAUCAAAAAAGAAAUGAAAAAAAUAGAUAUUAAAUUAGCCAGAAAGAAGCUGAAAAUUGGGUUAAUCCAAAUGCGCAAAAGCCUGAAAGAACUUGAUCUAGGAGAUUGUAACAGACCAGAAGACUUAAAUCAAUGCAUGCUUCUCUGCCAUGAUCUUGAGCAGUAUGAUCCAGAAGCAGUUAGAUCACUGACAAAAGAGAAAUUAGAAAAUAGUCCAGGAUCUAGAACACAAGCUAUUAAAAAAAGUAAUAAGUCUAAGAGAGAAAUCAAGAAGGGACAAGAAAAACCAGAGAAGGAUUUAGAAUUUAGAGAGCAAGAAAUAGAUAUGGCAGUUAAAAGAAGAGCCAUAGCUGUACAUUGUGCAAAAGUUCCCAAAUCUCAUCCAGAUAAUGGAAGUAAUAUACGAAAAAUAUUAGAAAGCCAAAGAAAACAGUUUAGGGCAAUACUUGAAAAAGAAUUUGACAAGCUCUACAAUAGAGCAGAAAUAGAUGAUUAUUUAAGCAAUGCCUUCGAACAAAUCUUAUACCAAGUGGAGGAAAGAGGAGGAAAGCCUAAUGCUUAA